AUGGCCCACCACACAUCCCCUCGCCGCCGCCGUCCACCGGACACGUCGUCGAGGUGCCGGGCGGAGAAGGUAACGGGGACGCACGACUUGGAGGUGGGCAACUACUCCCUGCUCGACGGCCGCAUCGGCGCCGGCAUGUCCAUCAAGUCCGCCCCUUUCUCCGUCGGCGGCUACAACUGGAUCAUCGACUUCUACCCGGACGGGCAGUCAAUGGAGGACGGCUGCUGCUGCUGCUGCAUGAGCGCGGCGUCCGCGUACGUGUCUAUCUGCGACGCAGCGGCGACCGUGAACGCCAAGUACACCCUGAGCCUCGUGGACGGGGACGGCCGGGCGGCGGCGUCGUGGCUCUGGCGCCGCAGGUCGGCCACGGUGACCUACGGGUGGCCGCACCCGAGGAGCUGGGGCUUCAAGAUCUUCUACCUCAAGCCGCUCCUGCGGUUCUCGGGGUGCCUCGACGGCGACCGCCUCAAGAUCCGGUGCGAGCUCACCGUCUUCACGCCGCCGCGCACGGAGGACACCACGCCCGCGCCGGCCCCGCCGCCGGAGCUGCCCGGCCACCUCGAGCGCGCGCUCAGGGACGGCAGGGGCGCCGACGUCACGUUCCGCGUGGCGGGGAGGGAGUUCCGCGCGCACAGGGCCCUGCUCGCCGCGCGGUCCCCCGUCUUCGACGCCGAGCUCCUCGGCCCCAUGGCGGAGAAGGACGCGCGGCGCGUCGUGCAGAUCGAGGACAUGGCGCCGGCGAUCUUCGAGAUGCUCCUCCACUUCAUCUACACGGACUCGCCGCCGGGCAGCUUCGAGGGUUACAGCACCGCGACGGCGCAGGACUUGCUGGUCGCGGCGGAUCGGUACGGGAUGGAGAGGCUCAAGCUGAUGUGCGCGGAGAAGCUGUGCAACAGCAUUGAUGUGUCGACCGUCAUGGCCACACUGGCCUUGGCGGACCAGCACCACUGCCAAGAGCUUAAGGAAGCCUGCAUUGCGUUCCUGUCGUCGCCGAAAGUGUUGAGAGUCCUUGUGGCGACAGACGAGUUCAAGCACCUGAUGGCGAUCUGCCCCCAGCUGGUUUCGAGGGAAGUUGCAUCCGUCGAAAAAUAA